AUAUUCUAUGUUUCUGAAGGUUCAUAUAUGGUUCUUAAGAUACAGGCGAGAAAAAAAAAACCUAUGCGUGGAGAUGGCCACAGAAAGAUGGCUAUAGGUUUACAUUAGAAAAUGCGGUUUAGAAGAGAUAACCCUCUAACUAGUUGCAUAUCAAUUCCUCACCCCAUGUUGUCUUGAAUUAUUGGAAAUAACGUUAUUUCCAUUGUUGUUUACGCAUACCUUUAAGGCAAAACCGAGACUAUAUACAUGUAUGUGAAAACAUUUAAAUGUACUGAAUACAACAAAAUAUGUAAUUACAUGUCGACACAUACAUGCACAUCCAUUCCGUUUUUUCAAAACUACCACAUUUAAGCCAAACAUUGAAAAUAAGAAGCAUCGGGUUUCUCUCUUCGUACAUUUCUUAAAUAGACGAACGCGGAAGUACACACAGCGACUCAUCUCGCGUUGUCUGAGUACCUCUGGGAUCUCCGCUUCAAACCACCAACCACCCGCUUGAAUUCAAAACUGCUUUUUUAGCGAGAAACCUGGUAAAACAAUUUUUAAAAAUGGCGAAGAGAGAACAUUUGUUAAAACACCGAGCUAAAGUUGUUAACAACACGUUUGAGUUGAGUAUAGACUCGACUGCCGUCGAAGAAAAGUUGUUUGGCCAUGCAGAGGAGGAAGAGGACGCGGACGACGGACCUGUGGUCUUCAUCUGCGGGAAGUGCAAGCUGCCUGUCGGGGACUCAAUGUCGUGGGAUGGAAGUGAAGACGAACAAAACCAAAUACGAUUGAAGCGGGUCACUGACAACGUCGCGGUUGGAGAAAAGACUCGCCGGUAUGAAGCGGGUAAACGAUCUCUCUGUCUGGUCGUGGAUCUAUUCUGUUGCGGCUGCCGCUCUGUGCUUGGAAUGGUUUAUUCAUCAACGCCCAAGAACCUCGACCACAAAAGAUUUACUUUCUGUUUCAACGUAGCAGACAUAGACAGCUAUGUGCUCGGCUCUGCGAGCCAGACGUUGGCAGCAGAGGGCUCCAAAGAGCAGCCCAUCACCCUGGAGUACAGAGGCGUCGUUGAACAACAGCUGACAGAGGUACAUCACUGCUGCUGCUUCUCUUUGUCUGUUUUCUCUGUUUUUGUAUCGUUACGAGAUCAAACAUUUCAUCCACGGAGCAACACGUCUGCUCUAAAGCGCAUUGCAAUGUGUCACCAUGACAAUUUCUCCCAACACAGGUGAGUUUAGUCCUUAAAAAAAAAAUCUAUAUAUUUUUUAAAUGUACAGAUCUGACCUGCACAUUGCCAGUGAUGAAUCACUGUUCUCCGUGUUGCGUCCGUCAUACAUUUAUUUCAAGCCGCUCUCUCUCUCAUUGUGCAUCAAUGCACAGGUUGCACUCAUGAUGACAUCAGCUCAGUUCUGGGAAGCCCACACUCCUGUGAUGGGCAGACGUUCGUCCCCGACAUUACCUCAUCUCGCCAUGUCGUCCCUUGCAAUGCGAUAUAUAGCAGUUGAGAUAUAAAAUACAGAAGUAUAUUAUUAGUAAGUUUCAGUCAAAACAUCCAAAUUACACCCAAUACUGUUUAUAAUUUUCUGUACGUUUCAACUUUUUAAAUCCCCUUCUGUUGUGUCACUUUUGUAUUGUGUAUUAAUAUCAUUAUGAAAACCUAUCGGGUACUUUUUCCCCCCUGAAAUAGUGUCGCAGGUCCUCAAGUUCUUCUUAAUCAUCCUUUGUCUAAAAAACAUCCACACGUGUCCUCAGACGGGCCAGUAGGGGGCGACGGUGUGCAGGAGCGCCUGCUGAGGACAAUAGAUGUGAUGGGAAGCAUGUGGAGGAAUCUUUGUGAGAGGAAAAACAUGUUUUGAUCAUGAAGUGUCUUUGUCACUAGCUGGAUGGAUGCGGGCGGGUGGGGGGGGGGUUUACUCUGCACUGACCCCUGAAUCUCCAGCAUGUGACGAGUGAUCAAUGGGAUUUAUGGGAUUUAAACUAUGACACAAUACUGAUUAUAGAUUAGAAUAAAAGGGGGGAGGGGGAAAGAGCAUUUUUUCCAGUAGUCAACAUGUUAAGUUUCAGCUAUAAGUGUUCAUGGAACAGCUUAUCCAUUUACAACUCAUUGCAGGUUUAAAAAUUCAAUAAUUGUCGGUGACUAAAUUGUUUCCCGAGCAAAAAGUAUGCCGGUAAUUUUCUAUUCCUCACGCAUCAAGGUAGCGACCAAUAAAAUAGUUUGGUCAUCGGUCGUUACACGUCUACAACUCGAUGUCCUCUGUUAUCCUGUAACUGAUGUGGUCAUCGCGCCCCGCCGCCAUCGCUAAUGUAUUCAGUCUCGUAGACAUUUGUUUGGUUGUUUCAUCUUGUGCACUCACUGACCUGUCGUCUCCUCCCCCCCCCCCCCACACACACACACCUUCAUACCCGUCCAUCCCUGACCACUUCCCCGCUUGGGUUUCGUCACUCUUUCUCACUUUCCCCCCAUUUGUCCAUGUGUCUUUACUCCACCCCUCUUUCUUGCCUUACUGUUUCCUGCCGCUGCCUUCCUUUCCCCACCUGUCCGUUGACUCCAUUUCUCCCCCCGUCCUGACUCCUUCAUAUCCACCGACUCCACCUUCCCUCUUUUACUCAUUUUUGCCGAUUCUACCUUUUUGCUGUUCCAUCUUCACAUCACCUGCGCCUCUUUUUUUUAAAUCCUUCCCCUUCUCUUCUGCCUUGACCCCCCCCCCCCCUCCCCCAUC